AUGGGAUUUCCAACUGGUCCACUAUUCGAAGGACACAAAUGGGUUGUCUUGGUUCUCAAAGUAGGUCUCAUGGGGAUGAUCAUGGUUGCUAGAACGUCAUCAGGAGAUGAAAUUGGGACACCAUCAGCCGGUUUACUAUGUAUCAGCGAAUGUGGAACAUGUCCGGUCAUUUGUUCACCCCCACCGGCACCAUUUUCGAAGUCGUUUCCACCACCGUCGCCGGUUCACCACCCGUCACCGCCGACGGUUCCUUACUUUUACUUUCCACCACAAACUCCGCACCACUCCCCGCCACCAUUGGAAUUGGAAUCUUUCUCACCGCCUCCAUCUCCACCUCGUCCGCCUCCGCCGUCGACUUCCUCCAAGGGCAGUCCACCACCACCACCUCCUCAGUAUGUCUACAGUGCACCUACAGGCCAAGGGUCACCUUCAGUAGGACCGCAUGAGUACCCUUACCCUUAUUACUAUUUCUAUUCAUCCGAGGCCUCUUCUAUUUCUCUUCAUGUGUCAAUCUCAGUUGUAAUGUUGUUUCUCAAUGCUGCAUUGUUCCAUUGUUGA